AUGCUUAUUUUCGCCAUUCCGUUGCUUAUGCAGGUCCGUGUCCCACUGAAGCAGAAACUGAUCUUACUCAUUCUCUUCGGCAUGGGUACUUGCCGCCAUCUAAAUAAGGUGUACUGCUUAUUUCCGUCACUCAUCUCUUACGUUUACAUGAAUUGGUACUUCCGCGAAGCCACUGUGGCAAUCCUCGUUACCAACGUGCCAUGGAUCUGGCCUCUCAUGUGGGCUCUCUUGCAUGCGACCAAGCCGAGGCUCGAGGGAUUGAAGCACGGCCUUCAUAAAUAUGGAAAUGGUCAAUCGACCACCAAAGGGUCCGGAUCCCGGCCUUACGCGGGUCAUUUUGAGAUGCAAAACUUCACACAUAGCGCGACUGUCACUCCGUUCGCAAAUAUAUACACCAAUUGCAAUAUCGGUGUCGAUACCAACUCAGAACAAAGAACGAUUAGCCGCGGCGACGACCGCGCGUGGGGAUUAGAAAUUAAACAGGACAAUACAGUGACUGUGUAA